AUGCCAAAGUGUUGGCAAAUCGAAAGGAAGAAGCAGAACACCACGAUUAUAGCUGCACUUAAGGCAGUAAGAAAGCCUAUCGGUAAAUCAUCUCUUGCAGAACCUGCUGAAACACGCCUCAGGUCGAGAAUGCGCCUUCGGCUCAGAGUUAGAUUUGCGUUGAUCCUGUGUCGGCGAUUCGGCAGUGAGUCAAGGGAUCUCAGCCGCAGACUCUGCGGAGAAAAGGCAGCCCUAAACCAGUUAGACAUCCUUGGCCAAAAGUCAAAGUCACCCAGUGGCAAGAUUUAUCACGAUUCGGAUGCCCGCCGAAAUUCUGCGCCUGCACGAACUACUGAGAUGCGUGCGGCCCGCGGGAAAGAAUGA